GUUACGCAUAUCGUCUACAUGGGAAGUCGGCCACAGAACUUAUAUCUGCAGUCAAAAUUAUUUUCAACAUUGGAUCGCAGAGGUAGCUGAGGUGAACAACUGGUGCAGGGAAUACACAAUGCCUAGAAUUAUCGAGUGUGUGCCGAAUUUCUCGGAAGGGAGAAGCAAAGAGGUUAUUGAAGCCAUCGCAUCUGCUAUUGCCCAGACAGAAGGAUGCAGCGUGCUGGAUGUCGACCCAGGGAUCUCCACCAACCGUACGGUCUACACCUUCGUCGGCAACCCAGUCACUGUGGUCGAGGGAGCUCUCAAUGCAGCGCGGGCAGCUUACCAUCUCAUCGACAUGAGGACGCAUAAUGGUGAGCAUCCUCGUAUGGGCGCCAUGGAUGUGUGCCCCUUCAUCCCCGUCCAGGACGCCACCAUGGAAGACUGCAUACAGUGUGCGCAGGAGUUUGCCGAGAGACUCGCAGAGGAGCUGUCUGUACCAGUCUACCUGUAUGGCGAGGCAGCCAGAGAUGACAGAAGGAAGAAGCUGCCUGACAUAAGAUCAGGGGAGUUCGAGGGACUCCUUACAAAGCUUCAGGACCCAGUAUGGAAGCCUGAUUUUGGUCCUGCAGACUUUGUCCCGUCUUGGGGCGCGACAGCUGUUGGCGCCAGGAAGUUCCUCAUUGCAUUCAACAUCAACCUGCUUGGAACCAAGGAGCAAGCCCACAGGAUCGCCCUCAAUGUCCGGGAACAGGGCCGGGGAAAAGAUCAGACAGGCCGACUGAGUGAUGUCCAGGCUAUCGGCUGGUACAUGGAGGAAGCCAACAUGGCCCAGGUCUCCAUGAAUCUCACCGACUAUGAGAAGACUCCUCUACAUGUGGCCUACGAGGAAUGUGCUAAAGAUGCUGAUGAGCUUAACUUGGCAGUGGUAGGCUCGCAGAUAGUGGGCGUGGUCCCUCUGCAGGCGCUACUGGCGGUGGCUGACUUCUACAUGGAGAAGGAGAACCUGUUUAUACUGGAGGAGGACCAGAAACUCAGGCUGGUUAUUAACAGACUUGGAUUGAACUCACUGGGCGCCUUCAGCCCCAAGGAGAGAAUCAUUGAGUACAUGAUCAGAGCUGAUGAGGAUGGGCCGCUUGUCAGCAUGGAUGUGAAGGAUUUCAUCAUGACAGUCGGCUCCCGGUCACCAUCCCCGGGGGGUGGGUCUGUGGCAGCUCUCUGUGCCUCUGUGGGAGCAGCCCUAGGUGCAAUGGUUGGAUUCUUGACUUACGGGAACCGGAAGUUUGCUGACCUUGACGCUAAGAUGAGGAAGCUGAUCCCUCCUGUGUACACCGCCAUGAAGGACCUCAUCCCCUUCAUCGACGCUGAUGCGGGAGCGUUUAGUGAAUACAUGCUGGCUGUUAAACUACCACGUAAGACAGAAGAAGACUCCCAACUUCGUGAGAUCGCCAUGCAGCGUGGCCUGCUGACCGCUGUCCAGGUGCCCAUGUGUGUGGCACGGAUUGUCAACUCUCUCUGGCCACACCUCACCGAGAUCGCCAAGAUCGGAAACAUCAACUGCAGAUCAGACUUGCAGGUGGGUGUGCGAGCGCUGGAGACAGGCGUGUGGGGCGCCUACUAUAACGUGAAGACUAACCUGAAGGACAUCAAGGAUGAGACAUUCAGAGAAAAGACUGAGAGUGAAAUCAAUGAAGCAGUGAAGACAGCACAGACAGGCUGUGCCGACAUUCUCAAGAUUCUAGAAGAACGAGAAUAGGAAAAUCAGUCACAGAAUAGCCGCACCAAACUUUAUGAAAUAGCUAUGAGUUUCCACAAUAGUGAUAUAUUCAGGCAGUAUUUCAAACUGUUGGCACUACAUGCAGGAAGUCAACAGUAUAGGAAGGUUCAUCAGUAUUAGUAAGACAUGACAAGCAGGACUGUAGGGUUACAUUGUCAUGUCACACAUGUAGGACAUGAUACACGAGAAUAGGGGCCCAUUCCUCAAAGCGGUGUUUAAACUCCCAUGGGGCGGUCGGGUAGCCUA